AUGAUUGGGAAGAAAGAAAUAUAAAUUUCUAAUGCUACAAGAGAUAGGGUUGAGGCCUGUAGAAUAUAUAUUGAACGUAUGAUAUAUUUUAUAAUUUUUUAGGCAAAUAUGCAAAAUAAAUUGAAGAAGAAUAAUAAUAAUUAUAAGGGUGGUAACAGUUAUCUAAAUUAAUGGAUUCGCUUCAUAUGAAUGCAAAAGAAUAGGAAAUUAUAAAAAAAGAUAUUCUUAAGAAAGAAGCAGAAUAAAUGAGAAAGAAGUAUUAAAUUUUCAAAAUUGAUAGGAGGAUAAGAUUAAAUAUUGAAGAUUUUUAACCACUUGCUAUUAUUGGAAGAGGAGCCUUUGGUGAAGUGAGAUUAUGUAGACAUGUACCAUCACAAUAGAUUGUAGCAGUCAAAAAGAUGAAGAAACAUGAAAUGAUAUAUAAAAAUUAAAUUGGUCAUGUUACAAAUGAAAGAAAAGUAUUAGAAGAAGCAAAAGGCAAUAAUUGGAUAGUAGAAAUGAAAUGUUCAUUUUAAGAUGAAAAAAAUCUAUAUUUAGUUAUGGAAUAUUUACCAGGUGGAGAUUUAAUGACAUUAUUAAUGAAAAAAGAUAUCUUAUCAGAAGCAGAAGCACGGUUUUAUAUGGCAGAAUUAGUUUAAGCAGUAUCAUCGGUUCAUAAACUUGGGUUUAUUCAUAGAGAUUUAAAACCAGAUAAUAUAUUACUUGAUAAUAAUGGUCAUAUUAAAUUAUCUGAUUUUGGAUUAUGUAAAGAUGCUGAAUUGCAUUUUGAUAAACCAGUAUUUUCUUCAAAAUUUAAGUAGAAAUAAACUAGAAGAGAAGUAAAGUAUCAAUGAUUAAUCUUAUUAGAAAGCAUUUUCGACUGUAGGUACUCCUGAUUAUAUUGCUCCUGAAGUAUUUUUAUAAUAAGGAUAUAAUGAAACUGUUGAUUGGUGGAGUGUAGGAGUAAUACUAUAUGAAAUGUUAAUUGGAUAUCCACCAUUUUAUACUGAUGAUCCAUCAAAUACUUGUUAAAAGAUUAUUAGAUUUUAAUAAUACUUUACAUUUCCAGAAGAACCCAAAAUAUCUUAAUUGGCUAAGGAUUUAAUUAGUAAACUUGUAUGUGAUACUAAUAAUCGAUUAAAAUUUGAAUAAAUCAUAAGACAUCCAUGGUUUGGUGGAUUAUCAAUACUUAAAAUUAGAGAAAUGAAAGCUCCUUACAUACCAACUGUAAGAAGUGAAUUAGAUACUAGCAAUUUUGAUAAAUAUGAAGAAGAAGAACCUUGGAUUAUAAAAGGAUCUUAAAAUAACAAAAAAGAAAUGAAUUUUGUUGGAUAUACAUAUAAAUAAGAGGAUUUUGAAGAAAAAAGACCAAUUUAAAAAGCAUUAGAAGAACUUGAAUAUUCGAAACCAUCAAAUUCAAGAGGAACUACUAAAACUCCUAAUUCACCUUUCUAGAGUCCAAAUUUAUAAUUUAAAAGUCCAUAUAAUAAAUAAACUCCAUCAAAUUAAUAAAUUAAAUCUGUUAGCACUAUAUAGUCUCCAUUUAUUAAAUAAUAAGCAGUAUCUCCUAUGCCAUUAAGCAAAAAUUAAAUUUAAAAAAAAUCAUUUUUAAAUACAAGACUUUAAACAGAAUAGAACGAAAGUUUUCAUAAUAUAAAUUAAUAACAUUUAUCAACAUAAGGAAAUUUGAAUAAUGAAAAUACAAAUCCAAACGCUAAUUCUCAAAAUAUUAAAAAUUUUAUCUAUUAAAAAAUUUAACAAUAUACUGUUAACAAUUAACAAUCUACAAAUAAUUGCAAUAUUUAAAAAAGUGUUUAAUUCAAUGUAGAUUUACAAAAAAUAGUUUAAAAUCAAAAAUUAAAACCAGAUAAACCAGAUAUAGAAUAAACAAAAAUAAGUAACAAUGUUAAUUAUAAUAUUAAUGCAUUAAAAUAAAACAUAAUGAAUUAAAUAAGAGCAAUUAGUCCUUUAACUAAAAGAUGA